GCCAGCUACCGCUCGCCGCCUCACAGUCCGUCACCGUCGCUCGUCGUGCGAGCACACGCGGACGUUUCCGCAGUCAGGCUGCUGCACGCGCUGCGUGUGUUUUUGUCGUAUCGUAUUGACACACUGACGGAUUGAGAUCAGCCCUUGUGUCGCUGACAGUAGGACGCACGAGGGUGGAUCCUCACGUUGCAUUUUCGACUCGACGCUCGUAAAUUUCUGCGCUUCGAGGAUUUAGAAAAAAAAUAAAAAAAAAAAAGAAAUUCGGUUUUCACUUCCGUAUUGCAAAACGGACCUUUUUCGAGGAAGAUCGAGUGACUCGCGUGACUCGAUCGCGUGAUCUCGAACUUUUGACAGCGGCGGCUCUUUUCAGUGUCGAAGAGUCAGUGAAAGCGGAACGUUAUAGAUCGUCAGCCGCGUGAGAAACUUGUGAACGAGAGUGCACCGUCGAUUGUUCACCGACCAUUAACUAACUGCACUGUGCGAGACAUUUGUCGAACCGGUGAGGAAUUAGACAGGCAAACGGCAGGAGCGAACGUGCCGCGACAGCCGUUUCGCCCCGCGUGAGAGUGACAAGUGGUCGGCGACGCGUGGUUAACCACGUGGCGCGGUGUGCGCGCCGGUGUGUACAGUCGCUCGGGUGGCGCGUGAACUUUCGCGGGACUCUCUUUCCCUUCCGCGUGCGCGCACGUGUGUGUGUGCUGGGACUGUAUCACGCGUGCACACGACGGACAGGCACGAGUGACAGGUAUAGUCGUCGUCGGUCGUUGGUCUAUGCGAGCGAACGGACGCUUUGCGGCUUACAUCAAACGUUUCGCUCUUUAGCCUGAGAAAGUUAACGAUCGACCUUCGCCCAUCGGUCUCUCUCUCUCUCAAGACCGUCGAGAGCAUGGUGCAACAGUGAUUAGUCCGCCGUAUAUCAUCGUCGGUGCCAACAGCAGUUGCAAAGGGAAGCGCGCGGGGUCCGGUGGUGGUAGAGUCUGGUCUCCCCGUCGCAGGCCGCCGCGAGAUGCUGAGAGCCUCAGCUGUCCAGUCCAGCCAAUCACGUAGGGUGCUGCGAUCUGAGCCGAGGGCCGUCGCGGCCUGCUAAGAUGACCGCGCGUUUACACUCGCUGAGGCACCAGGAGAAGAAAUCAGCCGGCAGCAGUCACCGACAACACCACCAGCAUCAGCAGGCCGUGCAUCAGGGUCCGAGCCCGGCACCGAGCCCCAGUCCCAGCCUCAGCCCAAGCCCGAAACAUUCGGACGGACGAAGAGCUAACAAACCACUAAUGGAAAAACGACGACGAGCAAGGAUCAACCAGUCCUUGGCGGCGCUGAAGGCGCUCAUCCUUGACAGCGCCCGCUUGGAGAACACCAAGCACAGCAAGCUUGAGAAAGCUGAUAUCUUGGAGCUUACGGUCAGGCACUUGCAGCGGCAAAGAUCGCUCGCUCAGCCCGGCCUGUCCAGGUACAAGGCGGGAUACCAGGACUGCUCCAGAGAGGUGAGUCGAUAUCUCGAUGCACCAGACAUCAUCACGGGCAACACCACGCCAAUGGAUCCGGCGGUGAAGCAGCGGCUGCUUCGCCACCUCGAUAGCUGCGUGUCAGAGCUCGAUCUCGACCUGGGAUCGCGGCCGGACAGCGGCCUGGGCAGCAGCCCGGGUAGCGUGACGGAUCGUGUGGCGGGGACGACGAGCCCAGGCCCGUUGGAUCACCACGUGCCGGUCGGACCGCAUUGCAGCGCCGCGCUCACGCCGGCGGGUCUGAUCAAGUCCGAGAUCCCAGAGAUGGUGGAGGCGGCACGACCCGACAGCAGCACCACCGCUGGCGACGAGAACAACAACAGCAGCCGACCGACCUCCGCCUUCAGUCAGGUGAACCCAGCGACGUUGGACCCGCAUCAUCCGCAUCAUCCGUCGGGCUUGCCGGUCGAUCAAGCCUCCACGUCGCAGCAGAAUCCCAACAUGCUCUCCGUGGUGCAAGUAAUACCCUCUCGAUUGCCGGACGGUCAGGUGGUCUUCCUACUGCCGAGCCACUACGUGCAAUUGGCAGCGGCGGCCGCGGCGAACGGCAUCAGCAUCGGGCCUAAUCCGCCAACGGCGAUCUGGGCGGCGACCAACAUGUCGCUGCUCAAAGCCACCGACAAGCUGGCGAAGCGACCGCACGAGGAGAUCGGCCAGGAAUGGCAGGAUCCCACCGGCGGCCUCAAGCCCAGCAAGAGUCCGCGAAUGGAGCAGCCAGAGCAGCCACUCGAUUUCACCACCACGUCCAAGAAGAUCAAGUCCGCUGGUUCGAGAAACUCGACGCAUUCCGGGGUGGCCGAUCACCAUCAUCAUUUGCGGCAGCAGCAGCAACAAGCCCGUCUGCCGACCGAGACCGGCGGUCCUAUUAUCCAUGAGGACAGACCGUCUAGUCAUGCGGACAGCGAGAUCGCCGUCGGCAUGCCCUCUCCGUCGCCAAUCGGCCAGCAACCGGUCAAGGAUGAGGAGGGCAUGUGGAGACCGUGGUAAAGAUCUAAGGGCUCUUUGUCUUUGUAAAUAAAAAUGUAUCUCGUGAAGCGCGCGUGCGAAAUCGGAAGUCGCGCCGGUGCGCAGCUGCGAUCGUCGUCUACUGCGGAAAAAUCCUUCUCACGACAGCUUAGAUCAGAUCGCGUAUAUUCGAUACGUAUCUGGGUGAUUGAUCUCGGAAAGAGCGAAAUUAACGUUAUUAUUGAGAAUAAUUUUGGGAAACGUAAAAUUAUCGUAGAUUAUUUUUAAGAUUAUUUUUAAGGUAGUGAGUCAUUGACAUUGUUUGAAUCUGGAUACGACAAACUUAAUUUUUUUCUAAGAAAUCGGAGAUUG